CUUUUUGCCAGUAGGGGUGAUCAUCAGUUCUGCAUGUUGUAACUGCGCCGUCCCCCCUACUACCGCCUCUUUUUUUUUUUUUUUUUACUUGCAGAAGUGCGGAUGUGAUUCGCAUAUUGAUACGGAACAGGCCGCCACUUUUAUUAUUUUUUUUAGCAAUGCGGACUUAGGCAAUGAUCAAUUUGUGGAGCUAUGAAUCCCGAGGAGCAAACGGUAACGUGGUUGAUCUCGUCAGGAGUGCUCAGCUCGCCUAAGAAGAACAUAGCGGACCCGGAGGAGUUUUUGAAAACCUCGCUGAAGGAUGGGGUCGUCCUGUGCAAGCUCACAGAGCGGUUCAUACCUGGUUUCACUCCGAAGUACUGYCAGGAUCCCAGAACUGAAGCCGACUGCAUUUCCAAUAUCAAGGAGUUUUUAAGAGGAUGUUCGUCUUUGAAAGUAGAGGGCUUUGAACCAGAGUGGUUAUACACUGGAGAGAACUUUGGCAAGGUCCUGAAUACGCUGCUAGCUGUCAACUUUGCCACACAAGAUUGUGCCACUGAGCGAUGCCCUCAGUCCGGUUCAUCCUCUCCUAAUCAGGCGACGUCCUCACACACACUGUCCUCCAUCAAGUCCAAAGGGUCUCUGCGCAGACAGUCCAAAUCAACGGAAAUGUCUGAGAACUGUGGAGGCGGGCAGCUGAUGGUGAAGGCCCGCUUCAACUUCAAGCAGAACAACGAGGAUGAGCUGUCGUUCAGUAAAGGCGACUUGAUCCUGGUGACACGGCAGGAGGAAGGAGGGUGGUGGGAGGGCACGCUGAACGGCAGGACGGGCUGGUUCCCCAGUAACUAUGUCCGGGAGGUCAAAUCCUGCGAAAAACCUUUGUCACCAAAAGCUCAGCUGACCAAAAACUACUACAGUGUGGUGGUACAGGACAUCUUGGAGCAUGAGCGGGAGUUUGUUAAAGAGUUACAAACAGUGCUGACUUGUUACCUGCAGCCCCUGCAAGCCAGCGACAAGUUAAGUAGUGCUGACAGCACCACCCUGUGUGGAAACCUGGAAGACAUCCUCACCUUCCAGCAGGGACUUUGUUUAGCUUUGGAGGAAUGUACCAAAGUCCCUGAGAGUCAGCAGCGAGUGGCAGCCUGCUACUUAAACCUGAUGAACCAGAUAAAGAAUUUGUACCUGACUUACUGUUCCAGCCACCCCUCAGCUGUUUCCAUCCUCACUGAUCACAGUGACGAGCUAGAAAAGUUCAUGGAGAGCCAGGGAACGAGUGCCUCAGGAGUCCUGUCCCUGACCAUCAGCCUCAGUAAACCCUUCAUGAGGCUCGACAAAUACCCGACUCUGCUCCAGGAGCUGGAGAGGCACGUGGAGGAAGCUCACCCAGACUAUACUGACAUCGUAAAGGCAACAGCAGCAUUCAAGAGCUUAGUGACCCAGUGUCAGGACUUACGGAAGCGCAAGAAUCUGGAGCUGCAGAUCUUAUCAGAACCAGUGCGAGGCUGGGAGGGAGACAGCAUGAAGAGCCUGGGUCAUGUGAUCUACAUGUCCCAGGUCCAUGUAAGAAGUGGUUGCAGCGAG